AUGCUGCCUCGAUCCGUGUCGCCCUUGCCGCUCGGCAGCGAUCUGCCGCCGCUCCGCAUGUUCGGCCGGCCCCGGCGUAGCGACAGCCCCGCCCCAUCCCUCUCCUCUUCUUCUUCCUCGACUUCUUCGCUCGGCAGCUGCCUUGAUGCCGUGCAGCCGACAUCGUCUUCCUCCUCCUACGUCGACCACGACGGCUACACGAUAACGACCUCCGUAGAGGGCGAGGGCACCAUCGCUCCCCAUCGCGGCGGCCACCUGCCGGCAUCGGCGCCCGAGCACCAGCAGGCCGAGCACCAGCGGCAGCAGCAGCUGCCCACGGCCUUCCACCCGCUGCAGCCGAUGAACGCCCAGUCCCAUCAGUUCGCCUCGUCGUUUUCGCCGCCGCUACCGCACGAGGCCCGGGGCGCGGCCGGCCCCGGCUCCUACCCGCCAUCGGCCUCGCUCUCGGCCUUGGCCCACUCAAAGCUCAUGGACCCGUUCUCGUCGGGCAUCGUCGGGUUCCCGAUGACGGCGUCGGCUAGCACCACCAGCAGUGCCAGUGCGCACCCGCCGCCGUUGGCGCCGUCGUCGGCGUCGAUGGCGCGCUUCAGCAGCCUGAUCGACGGACUGGACACGGUCCAGCCCACCACCACCACCACGAGCACCCCUUCCAACGGUGGCGGACACUAUGACCGCUCGAUGACCACCACCACUACACCGUCGCACCUGCCAUUCCCGCUCUCGCGGGACCUCCACCCGCCCUCGUCUUCGCCCUUCUCCCCAUUCCACGCGCUGCCGCCACCACCAGCCUACGGCGGCCAGCCGACCCCGACCUCGUCGUCGUCGGCUUCGGCCUUCCAGCCGCUGCCGGACUACGGGCCGUCGUUCAUGCCGCCGCGGCACCACCCGCGCACCUACUCGCCCUCUCCCUCUCCCUUGCCGCCGCUGCAUCCGCCGCAACCUCCGCAUUUUCCUGCGUCGCGCGGGACCGCCGCGUCACCUCCUCCUCCCUACGCAGUCGGCCCCUCAAGCAACCCGCAGUACUAUGGGCACAACCUCCACCAGCGCCCGACGUCGACGUCGACAUCAAUGACGGCGGCCGCGGGCUCGCUUCCGGCUCGAGCCGGGGGCGGUGGCGGCGGCCACCAUCCCUCGGCGGGCUCGUUCGCUCCGCCCACGCCCACGUCUGCGUCGACAAUACCGGCCGGCCACGCUUCGUCGUCGUCGCUCCACUUCGCCAGCUCUGGGGCGUCGCCGUCGUCGCUGCCGUCGCCCAGCACGACGUCGUCGUGCCAGCCUAGUGCGUCGCCGCGGGGCGAGCCCUCGUGCCCCGAGUUUCAGCUCAAUCUGCCGACCCACCAGGCCGAUGCCGAGCUCAUCGAGGAGGUCUACAUCUUCGGCCAGAACUACAAAGCUCACUGCAGGGAGCUGUACCGAGCUACGCGGGAGGGGCUGUUCGCCCUUGCGCAGGAGAACGUCGCUCGCUUCUGGCCGAUGGUCGGUCGAUUUCAGCGCCUUCUGUCCCUGCACGCGGUGAUCGAGCAGGUCGUUCGUUUCGACAAGCUCUUCUAUGAGGCGCUCGUCGAGGCAGCCGUGGCGGGUAUCGACAACCGCCGCAUCGACUCGGCGAGAGCCGUGCUGGGCUUUGCCCAAUCUUUGCCGUCCUGGACAUUUCACGCGGCCUCGCGCUCGCUACCGCCUUCGCUCUUUCACCCAAAGAUGACGCUGCUAAAGCGCAGCGCGCGUGAGAUGAUGCUUCGCGCGCAAAUCUGUUACUUUGGCGGCCUUCUGGCGGCUGUGUUCAAUGAGGCCGUCCUUGGCCGACCAGUGGCGCAGGUCCUCGCCGACCCGCACCUUCAUCUGGCCGCCGCGCAGAUCGCGCUUGCGGCCGACGGUGGGGCGCACGCCAAACGGCCGCGGACCGCCAACAACAGCGACAGCAGCUACUACGACCAGCACUACUUGAGCUCCGGCGGCAGUGGCGGUGGCGAGGAGAGCUCCAACGAUGCGUGGAGCGUGAAGAGCAACAACACCAACAACUCUCAACACGGGGUCAAGCAGGAGAGCGAAGGUGCCGCCGGCUUUGGCAAUCCGUUGAAGCGAUCGCGGGACGGCAGCGACGGCAACGGCUGGGCGGACAAGAGCAAGACCAGCGAAAACGAGACCGCGUUGGUCACCCAGAAGAUGUUCGAGGAUUGGAGAAACCUGAACACGCAGGAUCUCGUCACAGACAUGAUGCACCAACACGGGGCGACGUCGCUUUGGGGCGUGGUCACGUUCUCGCCCGUGCUCGUUGCCCGCCUCAUCGCCGACCAGCUGGAGCGCAAGUCCCGGAUCGAGCACUGGUUCGCUUCGUUUGUCGAGGCCUAUCUCAUCAAGGACCUGUUGCUGGAUCAUCGGGACACCAACUCGGCCUGGUACGCUGCGGUCCCGUUCACCAACAAGGACGGCACGGCCAACGCCUUCUCGGACCCCACCAUCGACGCCAGCAGCGUCAGCGGCGGCAGUCGCAACACCGUCAAACUGCUCUCCGAUUCGCACGUGUUCUGCAUGCAGUGGCGCUGCUUCUCCUCGCAGGUUCUUCGAAGGCUCGAAAGCAACCGCGCGAGCACCGUGGCCAUGUUCGCGAUCCUCUUCGCGUGGAUCGACGCCCUGCUCGACUUCUUUCUCGACAAGCGACGCGCCCAGUUCCUGUCGCUGUCGACAACGAAGCGCUCUACUGCCGCCGCCGCCGGUGCUCCCAACGAAGUCGCGUCAUCGCCGUCUCUCGCCGGCAGCAGCGACGGCAGAUCGGACACGCCGGUGCACUUUCCAGCAUCGUCGCCCGCUCCGGAGCGUAGCGG